AUGUCGUUCUUCACGAGCGGUUUCGCGACCAUGGUGAACAACAGGCGCCUGAAGGCGGCGAAGAAGGCAGGCACGAAAAACGCAGACAAGAACGUGGAGAGCUCUGAUAACGAGGAAAAGAACGACUGUGGCAAGGAGGAAGAGAAAGACGAGGGAAAGUGGGACAUGCUCACAGACGUUUACGGCCGGGCAUACUGGCAGCACAACGUGACGGGCGAGUGGGCCUACGUCUACGGUGGCGGCCUCAGCGCCCCUCCCGUUGUGGCGGUCAGUCCUACACCCAUGGCCUGUCCCCACGGCGUGGUCUUCACGCCUCCGCCUGUCUACGCCGCCGCCCCCAACCCGCCCCUCCCCACCAAGAAGAAGGACGACGACAAACAGGACGAGAAGAAGGAGAAGGGCAAGGGGUGGUGGGAGACGAAGUACGACGAGGACGGGGACCGGUACUGGGAGCACACGGUGACCAAGAAGACCACCUACAAGGACCCCUACUACUGA